AUGGCGCUGCAAGAACCCAAGCACGAUGCGACCAACUCCCCGGCCCCAUUCAGCACCUUUCCCCAAGAUCCUUCGGACUUCGACAGUGACCCUCGAAUCUCCUUCUCCAAGUUGGACGACAAAUUUAUUUUGGAAACAGAGGAUGGACAGGAAUAUAGCUACGAUACGAUAUUGAAGCGAUGGAUUCCGACGGUGUUCCGCGUGGAUUUUGGGUGGAUCGUGAAACUGAUUGCUGGUUGGCGCCGCUUUGCGCCUGUGGUUGUCCUCCAGGUCGAUGAUGACUUGCUGAAACAACAGCAAGAAGCCUACAGAACUCAGGGGGUGGACGACGAUGAGCAAGAAAGUGCACAACAGCUCAAAAAGAAGCGGAAGCAACAUGGGAACGGAGAGGGUGACUCACAAAAGGCGAAGAAGCAGCGCGUUAAUACCGCAGUGUACGUUACGUCUGUUCCCCUCGAUGCGGAGUUUGAAGAAAUUCGAGAUAUCUUUUCGAGGUGUGGCGUCAUCGCCGAGGAAAUUGACAGCGGGCGGCCGCGCAUCAAGAUGUACACGGAUGAUGAUGGGAAAUUCAAAGGCGAGUUACUUGUUGUUUACUUCCGGCCGGAGUCGGUCAACCUGGCAAUUCAGAUGCUGGAUGACUCCGACUUUAGGCUGGGUGUCACAGGGCCACAAGGACCCAUGCGAGUUCAAGCUGCAGAUUUCUCCUUCAAGAGCCAACAAGAGGCACCAACAAAGACCAACAUGCGGGAUAAGAAGAAGAUAAUCAAGAGGACCCAAAAACUGAAUAACAAACUCACUGAUUGGGAUGACGAUGAGCCCGCUGCAUUGGUGGAUACAAACUCCAGAUUCGAGAAGGUUGUGAUACUCAAGCAUAUGUUUACACUUCAAGAGUUGGAUGAGGACCCUGCAGCUAUCCUUGAUAUCAAGGAGGAUAUCCGUGACGAGUGUUCUAAGCUUGGGGAAGUUACAAAUGUCGUCCUCUACGAUAAGGAAGAAGCAGGCGUCGUUAGCGUUCGAUUCUUGAACCCAGAGUCAGCAAAAGCUUGCGUGAAUCUUAUGAAUGGCCGCUUCUUCGGAGGAACAGCCGUCGAGGCGUAUAUCUCAGAUGGAAGCGAGCGCUUCCGCAAAUCCAACGAGAAACGCGCAGCGCUCGAAGACCUGGCUGAAAGGGGAUUCGAUGCUGAGGAUGAGGACGAAAACCAACGAUUGGAUGAAUUUGGCACCUGGCUAGAGAGCUCGCACCAGGUGGAAAAUACGGCUAAAUGA